UUGAAUGCACAAAUUUCCAAAUCUGAAAACUGAGAGAGAGCUUGACAAAAGAAAUUUGUGCCAAUUUAAUCAAAUCUCUUAGGUAUCAGUAGCCCAUUCGAUCUGGUGUUGUUGCAAAUUAAAAGAGCAGCUGGUCCAACUGCAGAAGUAGUAGUUGAGUUGAGGCGAAUCGGAACUUGAGUAUUAUGUAUGCAUCUCUCCACCGGCUGUAUAGUGAAUAUGAAUCAGACAUCAUCACUUCUGGGAGAAAUGCAAUGAGAAGGAGAAGGCGCAGCGCUGGAGGAGGGAACAAAAUCCAAACAUAUUCCUUGAAAUGAAUCCAUACAAGAAAAACCAUUGAAGGGAGAUGACAAAUAAUUUAGCCCGUUUCAUUGCUGAGAGCUAGGGUUUUUCCCUGGCUAUGCAUAUUUUCUGAGAUACAAAACCCUACCAUUCCAGUGAGAAAAAUGAUAUGAAAAAGUUAUGUCGAUGUCGAUGUGGAUAUGGGUGCUCCUCGCAGCCAAAAAAGUAACCUUUUUUCGGGGAUUCCCAUCAUCCAAUGUAAGUAAAGAGUUUUUGCGUUCUCCUGCGUGUGCUUUUUCUGGGAAGAAUCAGUACAUAUCUGUUGCUUUGAGUAUAAAUGGUAAAGGAAAUAGUAAUAGUAGUGGAAAUGAAGAGGCAAAUACAAUGCCGAAUGGUGAUCUAGUGCAGCAAGUUUGUAAAAUAAUCUGCCAAAAUGGGUGGCAAAAGGAUGAGAGUGCCAGUGUCGUAAAAAAUUUAAGUUGGAGAUUAACCCCGGAAGAUAUACACAAGGUUUUAGAAAAUCGGAGCAGUUACAGUCCAAGGUCUGCCCUGCAGUUCUUUUACUGGAUGCAGCGACAGCGGCCUGGAUACAAGCAUAGCGUGGAUUGCUAUGUGACCGUGCUAAAGAUGCUCUUGAGGGAGAGGGAAAUGGGCAAGGCAGAGAAUUUGAGAAUAGCCAUGAUCAAGGGGUGUACCGAAGUGGAGGAAAUGGAAAGGGCUAUGGAAUUCUUGUUUUUGUUGCACAACCAAGGUGAUUUCAAGUUCACUCUCCAAGCUUAUAAUUCUCUUUUAGUCAUGCUAGCAAGGCUCGAUAUGGUCACUGCAGCACAGGGUGUUUAUGAGGAUAUGAUCAAGAGUGGAAUUAAGCUAGUCCCUAUGACAUUCAAUACUAUGAUAAAUGCCUUGUGCAAGCAUGGUAAGGUACAAGAGGCCCAGCUUGUAUUGGGAAAGUUUCUUCAGGAAGGUUGGUAUGCUAACACUUUCACCUACACCUCCUUUGUCCUCGGUCACUGCAGGAACGGCAAUGUGGAUCAAGCAUUCAGGGUUUUUCGCAAAAUGCAGAAAGAAGAGGCUUGUGCUCCCAAUUCUGUCACUUAUACUAAUCUUAUAAAUGGUCUCUUCACUGUGGGUAGAAUAGAGGAGGCUUUUCAAAUGUUGGUUGAGAUGGUAGAGAAUGGAAUCGAGCCUACAGUUCACACCUAUACUCUGCCCAUCACAAUUCUUUGUGAAAGAGGACAGUUGCAGGAGGCACGUGAUUUAUUAAGGUACAUGGUUGAGAGAGGAUGCCAACCCAACAUUCAUACUUAUACUACAUUGAUCAACAGCUUGUGCAAAGCAGAUAGGCUGGACGAGGCAAACGAAUUAUUUGAUAAUAUAGUAAAACAAGGCGUAAGGCCUAAUGUAGUCACUUACAAUGCUCUUAUUUAUGGCCUCUGCAAAAAAAAUAAGGUCGAUGCUGCAUUUGAGCUUCUACAAAAAAUGGAGAAGAGUGCUUGCAAACCAAAUACUCAAACAUUUAAUGAACUUAUCGACGGACUAUGCAAGGAAGAGGGAAUGCAUAAGGCCAUGUUGCUUUUUGAUAAAAUGUCCAAAAUGGGUUUGUCUCCUACACCUGUCACAUUUAAUACAUUAAUUGAUGGCUAUUGCAAAACGGGAAACCUGGAAAAUGCAUUUAGGCUGUUUGACAUGAUGCAGAAAACUGGAUGUGAGCCUAACCUUUACACCUAUACUGAACUGAUUAAAGGACUUUGUAGGAAGGGGAUGCUGGAUCGGGCCAAUGAUUUAUUUGUUAAUUUGUCUGAGAAAGGCUUGAUACCAAACGAAGUAACUUACACUGCAUUAAUUGAUGGCUACUGCAAGCAUGGCCAAGUUCACAAAGGCCUCAAGUUGAUAGCCCAGAUGAAGAAAAAUGGUUAUGAACCGAAUGCUGAUACUUACAAUGCACUCAUUAAUGGGCUAUGCAAGGACGAUAAGCUUUCUGAGGCAGACAAUUUAUUUCACAGAAUGGUAGAGGAUGGCGUGGUUCCCACUGUGUACACUUACACAGACCUGAUUCAUGCAUUUUGCAAAGCAAAUAAGAUGGAUCAAGCAUUUAAACUUUUUGAGGAAAUGAAAAAUUGUGAGUGUGAACCAGAUGCCCACACAUAUAGUGCUCUUAUUUAUGGCCGUUGCAGAGAAGGAAAGUCAGUAGAAGCAGAAUUGCUUCUUGGAGAAAUGGAGGAAAAAGGCCUUAAACUAGAUCAAGUAACUUAUAACACUCUCAUUGAUACUAACAUUCAAGCAGGUGAAAUUAAUCAUGCUUUCGGUAUUCUGAGAAGAAUGAUCAGGAAUAAAUGCCAACCUGAUUAUCUGACUUACCAUUUGCUUAUGAUUGGGCUCAGGGGGGUGGCAAAAAGCAUUGCCAGAGAACACGCAACACUUGACGUGAACCCUAAAGUUAAUGAUAUUCAUCUUCCUAGCAUGCUUAUUGAUAAAAUGGUAGAAUAUGAUUGCCAACCUACUACUGGUACCUAUGCUGUUUUGGUAGCUGGAUUAUGCAAAGUCGGAAGGUUGUAUGAGGCAGACAAGUUGGUCCAAAGUAUGCGAGAAAGAGGCUUGGUUCCCAAUGGAUCAAUAAAUGCCUCUCUUGCAAUGGGGUAUUGCCAAGAAGGGAAAUCUGCACGUGCCUUGAAGAUUUUAGAAUCGAUGGUUAAAAAUGGGUUUGAACUUAGCCUAUCUAUAUGCAACGCAGUGCUUACUGGUCUUUAUAGAGAAGGAAAUAAAACAAAGGCAGACAUAUUUUUUGAUGAUGUUAUUAUCAGCAGUUUUAGUUCUGAUGAAAUUACUUGGACCGUGCUCAUUGAUGGGCUUCUCAAAGAAGGUGCAAUUGAUGUUUGCCUGAAGCUGCUAGAGAGGAUGGAGGAGAGAGGCUCUGAGCCUAGUGUCCAAACAUAUUCUCUAUUAACUAGAGAACUUUUUAAACAAGAUAAGACAAUGGAAGCAAAAGCACUUGUUGAUAAGAUGAUGGAGAAGGGUUUUGUUAUGGAAGAAGCUCUUCCAUGUUGACUUUAAUGAAUUGCAUAUCUAUUUUGUUGCUUAAUUCAAAAUAGCACACCUUCGAGGCAAAUAAAAGUCAAAUACACCAAGUCAAUUGGCAUCUUCCUUGCAAUCAUCAAAUGUUUCUCCACAAGAAGUUAUGAAUGCCUAUUUUGAAGCUCUCUUUGAUGGUGCAAGGAAAGGGCGUUCAAAAGAGGUAAGUAAAAUAAAUAGCUCAAGUUGUGCAAGAUGAAAAUUCUCAGAAGCUGCUGCUUGGUGUGCCGGAGGCAUUUUGUAACCUUGUUCAUUUUGAAGCUGUGAAGCAGAUUCCUUCAGUUCUGAAGUUCCUGUACGAUGAGGAGAUAUUGAAGGUAUUAUGAAGGUUGUGACAUCAACUUGUGUAAAUCAUGCUAUUGACAUGGGAGAGGAAUCACUCCUUUCAGAGCAAUCGAUAGAGCAUUCUGUGUCUGGAGCAGCUGCAAAGCAAGGGUCUUAUAACUGCAGAGGAUAGAGAUGCUAUACCAAAAGGUCUAGCUGAAAUUCAGAGAAAUACUGAAAGUGGAAAAUUUACUUGGAGAGCUGAUAGAGAAGAUGUUCAUAUGAACAUAGAACCAACCUUGACAGAUUUAAUUGGAGAGCCAGCAAAAAUACCUUUUGAAAAUCUGAAUCAUCUUCCUUGUUCUUGUAUAUUAACACAGGCCUUGAUAAUUGUCUGUAUUUAUUUGUAUAAGGAUUCUGUGGGAGGUGCUUGAACUUGAUUGCAGGGUCUUAUAACUGCAGAGGAUAGAGAUGCUAUACUAAAAGGUCUAGCUGAAGUUCAGAGAAAUAUUGAAAGUGGAAAAUUUACUUGGAGAGCUGAUAGAGAAGAUGUUCAUAUGAACGUAGAAGCAGCCUUGA